AGCAACAAUAAGACCAACACACAAAAAAAAAGUUAUUUUUUUUUUUUACAGAUUCUUAAUUUUCUUCGCAAUGGCUGGUGGUUCUGGUUCUGGUUCUCCUUGUGGAGCUUGCAAAUUUCUGAGGAGGAAAUGCGUGAAGGGAUGCGUGUUUGCUCCUUACUUCUGCCAUGAACAAGGAGCUUCGCAUUUUGCGGCCAUUCAUAAGGUGUUUGGAGCGAGCAAUGCCUCUAAAUUGCUCUGUCAUCUUCCGACCAGCGAUCGUUGUGAAGCCGCCAUUACAAUCUCUUACGAAGCUCAAGCUCGGCUCCAAGACCCCAUCUAUGGCUGCGUCUCUCAUAUCUUUGCCCUCCAGCAACAGGUUUUUAAUCUUCAAACCCAACUUGCGAUUCUCAAGCAACAAGCAGCUCAAAGCAUGAUCGAUACUCUUUCUCCUUCAUUAGAAAACCCUAAUUGUUACUAUGAAAACUCUAGACCUCCUUCUCACCUUCAUCAAGAACAUCGAGAUCUUCACCAAACCCAUCAACAGAUCCACCAAACCGCAAAUUCCAAUCACCAAAUCGACCUAAGCCCUACGGACAACAUUACGAUGUCUUACAUUCAACAAGGGAUUGUGGUCGGAGAUCUCAGCAGCAGCAACAACAACAACAUGGAGAAUUACUACAACGAGAAUAAAUCGUCAGGGGAAGCCCAUACUUCCAUCUCGAGUUUCGGUGAAUCUUCUCAACAAUGGAUGGCUUUUCACGACGCCGAAGAUCUUCAUUCUGCGACUUUUGGGCACCUCUUAUACUCAUGAUGAUUCUACUUAAGAAAAAGAUGGUUUGAUCCCAAAGAUCAAUA